GCACACAGAACAGCACAGAAUUAAACGGAAUGAAACCAGAAUUGUGCACAUAUGAGUUUUGAGUUAUGUGAGUUAUUCAAUCGAACAACUCAAUAACAAUCCUUGGAUUCUUGUAUUUCUUGUUCAAGAUGUCGUUGGUAAUAGGGGGCCCAAAUUUAUACAUAUAGUAAUAUAAGCUAACAGAAUGGUGAUAAGUUUUAAUUAUACAAAAAUGUUAGGAAUUGCGAAUAUGACACAAACGCAGUGUUGAAAGUUAAUACAUUGUACAAUACAUUGUUUUAUGAUUAGCAAACAAGCAGUGAACCAGUUCCACAAAAUUUGAUUUUGUUUACCUAUCCUAAUUGCAACGGAGAUGCAAUUAUGUCUAUGUUGUAAAUAAUAAUUUAAAUAAGACACAUUAAGACUCAAAUGUUCUCUAGUAAAGCAAGAUUAAUAAAACGCACAGGGAAGAAUCCCGUUGGACGUUAUGAUUUUUUGAAGCUUUUAGUCAACGAAUACAAGAGCACAUCGUCCAAAGAGGCACAAGAGCAAGUACUGGCAAAUUUGGCAAACUUUGCCUACGACCCUGUGAACUAUGGAUAUAUAAGGCAGCUGAAGAUAAUCGAUAUAUUUCUCAAUGCCUUGUCUGAGACCAAUCCAAAGCUGAUACUUUUUGGCAUUGAUGGUCUCUGUAAUUUAUGUUUAGAUGCAAUAAAUAAAUUAUACAUCCUACGGAAUCGAGGUGUUGAGUUAGUGUCGUCGUUACUUAUCUCCGAAGACGAGAAUGUCUUGCUCGCAGUAAUUACUACCUUGAUGUUCCUGGUCACACCUGAAUCGGUGGACGAAAUAACGUCGCCCAAAAUAAUUAAGCGUAUGCUGGAACUCUCUGAUACAUCGUACGAGGAUACGCGUGUUAAAAACAUGGCAAUCUUAUUCCUAAACGAUUAUUGUAAAGUGAGUGAUGUGGAGAAAGUAAAGACAGGACUAUAUUUGCAAGUUGCAAGUAUAAGGAGCAACAUCAUGAAGCUAAUUCGAUUCUUUGUUGGGUUUCUCAAAAAUCAUUCUGUAAAAAGUGCUUCCAAAGUAAGAUCAUUUGCUAAUUCAAUGAACAACCUAAGAGAGGGAGACCAAGUGUCAGUUUUGAAAGUUAUAACAAAUGACGAUAUACUCAAGUUUGCUGAAUUGACGGGCGAUCAUAAUCCAAUACACACCGAGUCAGCAAGAAAUAUUGCACAUGGCGCCUUGCUCAAUGGCUUAGUAUCGGGCUUAAUUGGUACAAAAUUACCUGGUGCAGGUACUAUAGUAAUCGAACAAAAUCUCACAUUUCCUAAUCCAUGUUAUGCUGGCGAUACCGUAGAAGUAAUAGUGAAAAUUACAUCAGUAAGAAAAAUCAUUAAGUGCGUGUACAUGUGUAUUGCUAAUGAAGAUAGAAUUGUGUUAGAAGGAGAAGCCAAACUUAUGAGAAAGAUAUUGUAAUAUUUAUGUAAUAUAUUUCUUAUUAAUAUGCAUUUCAAAAAUAUAUAAUGUAUAAUGUAUAGAUAUAAAAAUAUUUAAUAACACUGAUAUUUCCUAUUUUGUGAACGUAAAUGUAUAAAUAUCGCUCUAUUAACAUGUCUCUUGGUAAUUGUAGAAAAUACAGAUAUAUGUAGUUUGCAA